GUCUGCUACCAGCUGUUAGUUUUUGUGCGGACUCCGUCGGAAUCAAGUCAACCUUUUCGGUCGCUCCGACUCCGUGCGCGUGGCCUCCGUCCGUGUUUUGCUUAAAGCUUCUUACUCUUACUUUAUACUGGUUCUGUGGUGAUUCCUUUCCAAGUCUCACGACUCAUAACUGCGGACGGUUGUGCUUCUUGUGUUUCGUCUCUGUGUGUACAAAUAUGGUAACCACGGCGCGGCAGUGUCCCUGAAGGUUUGCUAAUCUUGUCGGGAUAAAGUGCAACUUGUAGGAAGUCAAUACGGUGUGUGCUUAUGUCAUCUCUCCUUGGAGGGCAGUGUCAGUGAAUCAAAAGCUAGAUAUCAAUCGGUUUGCCGCAAAGGUACAAACCCAAAUCCAUUCUAACUACGUUUCAUCGGCGAUUAACUGGGCAGCUCUGUGGCUACGCUUUAGACACAGAAAGGCGUGUUCUUAAAAUAGCAAAGAAAAAAUCAUCGCCCAUUAAAGAAGAAAACUCGCGACCGACCGGCUUGACGUGGGAGCUCGGUGUUGGUGACACAUAGUAGUAGUGCAUCGAAUGGACGGGACGCGCAGUCCACUGACUGUGAAGCUGUGAAGUGCACACGGAAAGUAAUCCAGCAGAAGAAAAAAGGGUGAAGUGAGAAGGCGUGGUGUGAACGUGAAGUGAGAGGAGCAGCUGUGUAGUAACAGCAACAUCAGCAUCGAAAAAAAACGGAGAAAAAAAUAACACAAAACAACAGUCACCACGAUGGCACUGCACCAGAACAGUCAGGAGGUCGGCGUACAAGAUUUUGUACUGCUCGAUGUGGUAACGAUGGAGAACUUCAUGGCCAACUUGAAGAAAAGGUUUCAAGCCGGAAAAAUUUACACAUAUAUUGGCGAGGUGUGCAUUUCCAUGAACCCGUACCGCGAAAUGAACAUCUACGGCCCGGACCAGGUCAGUCGCUACAAAGGUCGGGAACUGUUCGAGAACAUGCCGCACAUUUUCGCCAUCGCCGAUGCCGCCUACCGGGUGCACAAACAAAGAAACCAGGACACCUGCAUCAUGAUUUCCGGCGAAUCGGGCGCCGGCAAAACGGAAGCCUCGAAAAUUAUCAUGAAAUACAUCGCCGCCGUCACCAACCAGGGACAGCAGAACGAUAUCGAGAGGGUAAAAAACGUCCUCAUCCAGAGCAACGCCAUCCUGGAGUGCUUCGGCAACGCCAAAACCAACCGCAACGACAACAGCAGUCGCUUCGGCAAGUACAUGGACAUCGAGUUCGACUACAAGGGUGAUCCGAUGGGUGGUAUCAUCACCAACUAUCUGCUGGAAAAAUCACGCGUCAUACAGCAGCAUCCGGGCGAACGGAAUUUUCACUGCUUUUAUCAGCUACUUCGAGGUGCAUCGGACGCAGAGCUAAGACAGUUCCAGCUGACACGGGAUCCCGCCCAGUUCCACUACACCAACCAGGGCAGCGUGGAAGUUCUGUCGGAGAAAACCGACUAUCGGGUCACGACGGCCGGCCUCAAAGCACUCGGUUUCAACGGUGACGAACUGUCGAUGGUGUGGCGAAUCGUGGCCGCCGUGCUGCAUCUGGGGAACAUCAAUUUCAAAACUCAAGAUGACCAGAUCCAGAUUGCGAACCGUAAAACCCUGUCAACGGCGGCGCAACUUCUGCACGUCACCGAAGAGGAAAUGCAGCGUUCCCUGACGGAGCGAGUGAUCGCAGCUCGCGGUGAGAUCAUGACCAAAACUCACGACAUCGAACAGGCCGAGUUUGGACGGGAUGCCCUGGCCAAGGCCGUGUACGAUCGACUGUUCACGUGGAUAAUCCAACGGAUCAACAAGGCCAUAGUGGUACCGGGGGGCAAUACCCAAAAACGGUACAAUCGCGUGAUCGGGGUGCUGGACAUCUACGGUUUCGAAAUCUUCGAUCAGAACAGCUUCGAGCAGUUCUGCAUCAACUACUGCAACGAGAAGUUGCAGCAGUUGUUCAUCGAGUUGGUGCUAAAACAGGAACAGGAGGAAUACCGACGUGAAGGUAUUAAGUGGACCAACGUGGAUUACUUCAAUAACCAGAUUAUCUGCGAACUAGUCGAGCAGCCGCAUAAAGGCGUGAUAUCCAUCAUGGACGAGGCUUGCUUGAAUGUAGGAAAAAUUACCGACGAGAUGCUACUGGAUGCCAUGGACAAGAAACUGUCGCACCACCCACACUACAGUAGCCGGCAGCUGAAGCCGAUGGAUAAGGAGUUGAAGCAUCGUCAAGACUUCCGUAUCACGCACUACGCUGGCGAUGUCAUCUACUGCAUUUACGGGUUCAUCGAAAAGAAUCGAGACACACUGUUCCAGGACUUCAAGAGGUUACUUUACCACUCGAAGGACAACUUGACCAGUUCCAUGUGGCCGGAAGGCGCUCAGGACAUAUCGAAGACUACGAAGCGACCGUUGACAGCCGGAACACUGUUCCAGCGGUCGAUGACGGAAUUGGUCGCAACGUUGCUCAAGAAAGAACCCUUCUACGUACGCUGUAUUAAACCCAACGAUAUAAAAAGUGCCUCCGUUUUCGAUGAUGUUCGUGUAGAACAUCAGGUCCGUUACCUCGGGCUGUUAGAAAACGUGAGGGUCCGUAGAGCUGGAUUCGUUCAUCGGCAACGAUACGACAAAUUCCUGCUGCGAUACAAGAUGAUAUCGCAGUACACGUGGCCCAAUUUCCGGGGAGGUUCCGACAGGGAUGGCGUGAAGGUACUGAUCACCGAGAAGAACUUCAGCCAUGACGUAGAGUUCGGCAAAACGAAGAUCUUCCUGCGCUCUCCGCAAACCCUGUUCUCGCUGGAAAAACAACGUAACGAUAUGAUCCCGCACAUCGUAACUCUGCUUCAGAAGCAGGUCCGUGGAUGGAUCUGUCGACAGCAGUACAAGAAGAUGAAGGCCGCGCUCGUAAUUAUGCGGCACUACCGCAAGUACAAGCUGAAGAGCUACGUCCAGGAGUUGGCCAUGCGCUUCCGUAAUGCUCGCCAGAUGCGAGACUACGGCAAAGGCAUCCAAUGGCCACAGCCUCCGCUGGUGGGUCGCGAAGCGGAAAAGCAGCUUCGGAUGCUGUUCUCCCGCUGGAGAGCGGCAACGAUUCUGCGGAAGUACCCACGGGAAGAGUGGCCCCAGCUUCGGUUGCAGAUCAUUGCGGCCAGUGCGUUCCGCAAGCGGCGCAAGUUCUGGGGCCAGGAUCGACGCUGGCUGGGCAACUAUCUCUCCAUUACGGCGGAAAACUCCAACUACUCGUCGUACAAUGCCAGUAUUAAUAACAUUAAGAACACGGACAACUUCCGGGUGGUGCUGUUCUCGGCGUUCGUCAAAAAGUUCAACAAGUGCAACAAAUCGGCUGAUCGGGCGGUUAUUGUGACCGACGGAGCCAUCUACAAGCUGGAUGGGCCACGGAACAAGUUCCGCAACAUGAAGCGAACCGUCGCUAUCAAAGAGAUCACGUCCAUCAGUGUGAGUCCUGGUAGGGAUCAGCUGGUAGUAUUCCACUCACACCAUAACAACGAUCUGGUGAUAGCUCUGCAAGGUGAACAGCAUCCGCUGAAGGAAGACCGCAUCGGAGAGAUAGUGGCGCAUGUGUGUAAACGAUAUUUCGAACUGUGCAAUCAGGACCUACCGGUGACCGUGUCGCCGACGUUCCAGCUCCGACUGGGCAACAAGAUGCGCACGCUGAGCGUCGAAGCCGUCGCCGGUGUCGAGACGCCUGCCUUCGAGCAUUCCGGUGCCGUAAUUGUGUUUAAGGUUCCUUCGUCGUACUGCAGUGCGAUCUAAUCCCCGUUCGAAGCCCAGAGGAAAAAAAUGGCUUAUUCGUUGAUUUGAAUAGAUGUGUACUUUAUCAAGAAAAAAAAAACGGAGUGAAACUUUGAUUUUGUUCUCUCGCUUUGUUCUAUCGCACGAGUGUUGAUGGCAGGAUCAGUAUUUUUUUAAAUAUAUGUUAAUUUAAAACUUUCAAACAGUCCGCCCUACGCAAGUGAGCUUAUUUUGAUCUAUUUAGCAAUGAGUACUGAAAAAAUACCAACGUACUUAUAACCCGUGGUGGUUUCUCUUUUCGUGUAGUUUACAACGGAGAUUCCGUUGAAGAGUGCCAUUGUACGAUAAUGAAAAGGAAAAAUCGAAGGAGAAACUAAUCAAAAUGCAAUAGCAAAAGACUUUGGAAAACAGACGAAUAGAGUUAGCCUUGACAAGAAUUUGUGAUAUUGAGAAACGCGGAGAACCCCAAUAACGGGUUAGAGAACUGUAAGUCAUGGCCACCAUAUUUUUUUUCGAAACGUCCAAUAUUGACUGACUAAUCAAUCAAUUGUAAAUAUUUUACCAUGUGCUGGGCAUAAAUAUCGAGUAUUAAACAGAAGCUAAAGCGCGAUCACGACGAUUACCGGUAGGCAUUUCGUAUUCGGUUGUUUUAACCUCCAACGCAAACAGGUUAAUGAAGCAUUUUAUCGUGUACCAUACAAAAACGUUUUACGGAUGUUAGUUUUAAGCUGUGCCUUUGCUAGAAGUAAUCAAAAUUACUUACUUAUCUAUGAUUAUAUCUUUGCCUGUAAGCUUUUAGAACUUUUGACGAUCAGCAAAUACAUAUUUUAUCUAA